AUGGCAACAAGAAUAAUUCUACUGUUGAUUCUAGUCGUCAGUUUUUUAACUGUGCCAAUAUUAUCUUUGCCAUCAUUUGCAACGAUCCUUGGUGAAAAAUAUUCAUAUAUUCAAUACAGACGUGCUGAAAAUCGUCGAUAUCAACCAUCACUAGUUAGUUUUUUACAUCGACAGCCUGACGGUUCUCAAUUGGCAACUACACGUUAUUAUCGUAUUGUUUUCCAUUGUAAUAUUAUUCCUGGAUCCCUUUAUCUUCGGUUUUCUAAUCUGAAACCUUUUCGUACUGUUGUUCAAAGUCGACACGAUCCUUCAACAAUUUUUGGAUUUCGAUCGGUGGGAGCUUAUAGCCGUGUUCAAAUUCAAAAUUAUCUCUCAGAUCAAUGGUUAUGUAUGAAUAAACAUGGACGAAUCGUACCAAAGCUAAAUAUUACAAUUAAUGAUCUUGCAUGUAUAUUUCGUCAAAAUUCCGAUGGUCCAUAUAUGACACUUGUUUCUGAACUUGAUUCAUCACGUCAAAUGACUUUUAGUACUCUUCAUCUUUUAUCGAUGAAUCCUAUUCUUCGUCAUCGUUAUGCAUCAUAUAUGACAGAUCGAAACCCGAUUUUCAAACAAGAGCAAUGCAGUCGCUUUAUGUUUGAUAAUCAAAUUGAUAUAACUUUAUUCAAUCGAACAAGAGAUCCAUUUCUACGGUUAAGACAUUAUUAG